AGCCGUGUUGGCUCAAGGUUAUUUCCAUUUUCUGGCGUCCUGCUGUCCCCACCUGGCGUUUCCGGCAUGGCAGCAGCUCCGCAGGCAAUUGAAGGGACGGCAGCAGUCCUUUUCGGUACUUCUGGGUUCACCGGUCAAGAUCCCGACGACUUGAAGGAGAACCUGUUCAACAUGAACUCAACUGUCGCCUUGCUCUCCGCCCUCCUGAUGAGUUUCACGUUCUCCAAUGACUUCGUUGCCCUGGACCUUGGAGAGGGCUUUCCGGAUCCCAUCUGCGCAGGCUGGACUGGAUACCAGUCGGAGAGCGGUAACCUUCGGUUCCAAGACGAUUGCAGCGAAUGUAUCAACAUUUGGCAGUCCUGCGAUACCUGCGCGAUCAUGGCAGGCAUUUUCCAGAUUCUCAUGCAGAUCACCACCAUUUGUGCAGGGCUGUCUGUCAGCUACAGCUGCGGUAUGAUAUUUAACUUCUCUUCGCUUCCCAAAGUGAAGAUCCCAGCAUACAAUGAGAGGAUCGGCUGGAGGGUGUCUGGCGGUCGCAUCUUGAUGAAUGCGGCGUUGGGCACGUUUUUCGCAGCAGUGGCCAUCAAGUUCUCGCUUGUGCUCGAGGUCUGGAAGUUUGCAGUCUCCCUUGCAGGCGCGCUUUUGGCAUCGCUUUUCUACCUCGUCAUCGACUGGCAGGGCCGCGCGGAUCUGAGCGCUGUUUUGGCCGAGGCCAGCACUGCCGGCAGCAGUGCCGCGCAGGCAUGGGAAGGGUAGAGGCCCCCCGCUCUCCCACCAACAGCAGUGAUGACGCUAGACUCUGAUCACGCUUCCCCGAUGCGGGGUUCCAGACAGGGGGUCUGGCAGUGGAGCAAGAGCUGCUGCACGUGCCCUGUCCACGGAGGUGCCCGUCGCGCAGUUCAGCGACUCCAGGAGGUUUCCAGACUCCUCAUCCUGCUCCGACUGGAUUGCGUUCCUCUUCCCUCCAUGUCAUUUGCCUGUCAGCAGCUUCUUCAUCCCCGAGGCCCUGCUGUAUGUCUGGCCUGUCCGGUCCGUGCGAAGUCGCGGUCCGGGAGUCUUUGAUGAAUACCAACAACGGCGGAGCUGCAUUACACCUCGCAUCCCUGGCUGGCGUCUCCGUGCUUCCGCGGCACAUUUUCUUAUGUCUUACGUCUUGGUUUAUGCCUUCUGUCUUAUGUCUUAUGUCUUAUGUCUUUUUGACGGGGGCAUCGGAAUCGGAGGUCGAUGGUGCUGUUGACGUGACGUCGCACAAGUUGACGUCACUUCCCUUCCUGUAGCGUGAUUUGUCAAGGCAAGCAUCAUUGUUGGUCAGGUGGGCCUGUCGACGGGGUCCCAGGCCCCCGCAACUAUAAUCUGCUUUACAAGUCUCAUCUCGUAGCAGUGCAUUGCGCAUGUAUGCCUCCAGCAACAGAGAAAUCGGGGUAGUGAUGAG